CCUGGCGUCGCCGUACCUCGCCAUCUUCGUCAUUUCCGUUGCCCUUGCUUUUCCUCACCUCUCUUCAGACCGGCUUCACGCAUUCCACCAGCGACACACACCGCAACAACCUUCUGCUCGCUACAAAGUCAUCUAGUGGCUCUAGGUUGGCAAUAGCACUACAGACGACCAUCGAUUCGCGACUCCUCAGUGUGAGCAAGAUUGUCAGUGUGGGAAACUCUACGCCAAACAGAGGUUUUCCCUACCACACAUCACGCACUGUUUAGGUUUUCGUCUUACACUUGAAGCUUAAUUUCAAUCCUACAACAACCGUUAGGCUGUUUACUGUUGCAUAGUACGCCUUUAUAUAUCUGCCGCUAAACUUUCUCCGCGCUCUAGCUCCUGCACGAGACAUGGCCCAAUGACUCUUGCUGCGAAGCCCAGCGAUCAUGCAGAGCCUCCCGUCGCGAUGGCCAGCUCGCAAUCAAGCAACCUUCCCACAGACACUACAGAAAAGCGAACAUCGAGCCCCGACCCAGCACAUCCUCCACAAAUGACCGCCGAAGUGACAGUUGGGUCGCCCACUGCCACGCGACACGGCCAAGACCAAGCGAAAGAUGACACAAAGCACGAUACCGGCUCCCAGCAACAGCUUAGUGACUAUAGAGCAAAGCUAGCUCGUGAUUUGGAGCGCAGGGAGCUUCAUGCGCGUGGUAUGCUCUCUUCAUCGACAGACAAGCAUCGCUUUUCUCCAAUCCCCGAGGAAUCUGCCUCCAGCACCCAUUGGCCAUCAUCAAAUCUCAACACCUCCUCGACUGAUUCUGGGCACACAAUCCGUGGCCCAUUUACACCAGCCGCUGUGCCUACGCCGUCAUAUCCCUUUCCUAGAAUGAAUCCGGGUGCGGCGGUGGAUAAUGCUGCGACUCGCUUCGCUCAGCACCUUCAAUCAACUCCACCCAACACAUCGUCUCGAAUAGCCAUCACCACGACUGCGGAACCUAGAUUUGCUUUUGAAAGAGCUGAUUCGGAUUUAUCUACUCCGGCAUCAGCAUUUGGAUUUCACACCAAUGGCACAUCACUACAAGAAAAUCCCCCGGAGAGCCUCCCCGACCUCUACCAGCUGUCUCUCCUUCUCACCGCGGAGCCUGGCUUGGAUGCCUGGUGGAAUACUGUAGUUCAGAUUAUGCGUGAUGUUUACAAAGCCGAACGUGUCAUCCUGUCUGUUCCUGCUGACUCUACAGACAUCGAAAAUGUUCCAUGGGGUCAAAAGGCUACGUAUAAUCAACACGAAGCAGACGAUCUCAGCAUGGCAUAUAUGACCAAGGGCAGCAGCGCGAAACAAAAUAGCGAAGCUGAUAUCUCAGACGCCUUUGCAUCACCGGAUGAGCUCCCUGCACCAGAUCAACCAGCACGACCCGGCCUAGCUAGUCGACAUUCCUUCACGGCCUACGAGGACAAGAAGAAAAGCAAACUAGAGAGGCCAUCGACCCUUACACGCCGACCGACCCAGGUUGGCCGAAGUGAUAGCAACUAUCCAUUAACACCUGCCACUGAAUUACCGCCGAGCCUCCUCCGACUUGACAAAACGACGCUGGAAGAGCAUGAAGCAGAGGAUGGUGCCGAUAGCAACAUACCGAGCUGGGAAAUACCGUUCCGAGCGCGUUAUGAUGGCCAAGGCCGUAUUCUACCAGUUCUGCAAGCUCUAAACUACGAGGCCGAUCCCUUAAUCGACCACCGCGGCGUCAUGCGUGUUCUUGAACGGGGACGACCAGUGGCACUCACACGGACGUAUCCUUAUCUGCCACGCACACAACAGGCCGUAGAUGCCUCCGAUACCAACUCUACACCGAAACGAAAUCCGCCCGACGCUUCAAAGCCCAGUGGUAUUCAAAGAUCAGAAUCAGGGUCCAGGCUCUCAGACCUAUUGACAGCUAAUCGAGUGAAAGCUCAGUCCACUGAAAGGUUGAAAGGUUCUGCAAACUGCGAAAACGAGGCUCGACCAACUACACCACGAUACGAAGAGUAUGAACAAGCUCCCCCUUCGCCGUGGUCUCAAUCUCCCGCUCCAUCCCCGGCCGUACGUACAGACUCUCAGGAAAAUCCCUUCUUCACGGAUGCCAUGGUAGACGAGGACUCAUUUAAUCCUACCGCCGCUGGGAAUUCAGACUAUGCCGAUAUGAAGCCUUUGGAGGCUAUAGGACUUGAGAACUCUUGGACUGUGUUGCAUAUCCCAUUGAAUCAUAUUCUUCUUUCAAACCAAUCCCGGCUGUUGAAGGGUGGCGCUGCCAGUAUCCUACAGCAGCAAACACAGUCAAAGACAGCCCCCGACAGUUUCAAAGCCAAAAAAGCAACACCAAUUGCAAUUCUUUCAAUUCUGAGUCCCACAACUCCCUACCCAGCGGAGCUCAGACGUUCUCUUGAGCAGCUAGCCCCUCAUAUGGCUACCUCAUUCUCUCUCGGUCGCCACUUCACGAAUAUAGAAACCGAGCUGGCUGGCAUUCAGCGACGCCGGCCCAAUACAACAGGAUUCGGGGCUGUAGCUCCAUACGACCCAUCGCUGCUCAAUAUUGCCGAUCCAAGCCAGCUUCAGUCUCUAGCCGGAAGUAUUACUAGCCCAAGCGAUUUCUCGGCUAUUUCUAAGAGCGCCACUGGAUCUCCCAUGGGCACACCAGGAUGGGAAACCACUUAUGGCUCGUUGAGCGAGCGGAGACAACCACUUGCAAGCCCAGCCGCGGGCUCACAAAGCGGUGGCGGAUACUUCAGUAGCAAACAUCAUUCUUCCUCGAGACAUGGCGUCUUGACUCCAGGCCACUUACGUCCACGGGCUGAUUCGAAAGAUGCGUCGCCUGGUGAAAAGCGCCAUACUCGUCCCUCCAGUGCCAUGGAUGCUACUGAUGAUGGUGACAAUGUACCAUCCUUAUGCGAUGAUUCUAUUUCGUUUGUCAAAGACACCAGAGCACCGUCGCGGAGCGGCACAGAUCCUAAUACUGAUGAGCUGCCGGUCAUGUCCAUGGAUAGAAUGUCUGACUCUCCGAAGAUUGGACGAUCACAAUCCUUGUAUCAGCCCAAUCAUAGCAUGCUACAUAGCUAUGGUGCCGACUUUGCGUCGACUUUCCAGUCCUUACCGCCAAGCUCUACGCUACGAAGCAGACCUGCUCCAGUACCACUCACUUCUACCCCAACUAGAAGCAUGUCAGUGGCAUCAGCUGCAGUUGACUUGCCGCCACCAUCAGACCGGCUCAAGGGCUUGAUUCUCGACUCUCUACCCGCCCAUGUUUUCGUCGCUCUCCCACAGACGGGCGAAAUUGUCUGGGUUAAUAGUCGCUACUUGGCUUACCGAGGACAGUCUGUGUCAGACCUAGCCGCAGAUCCAUGGCUCAGCUUCCAUCCAGAUGAUAGAGACGAUUACCUGAAGGAUUGGGGUCACUCACUGAGAACGGGUGAACAAUUUUCACGGACUGUUCGUAUCCGACGGUUCGACGGUGCUUAUAGAUGGUUCUAUGCACGCGCUGUUGCUUCGAGAGACAAGCGAGGAGUUAUCAUGCAAUUUCUUGGCUCGUACAUGGACAUCCACGACCAACAUAUCGCAGAAUUAAAGGCUGCACGGCAGGAAGAGAUCGAAGCUUCAGAGACAAAGCACAGAUUGUUGGCCAAUCUUAUACCUCAAAUAAUUUUUACGGCUACUGAGGAGGAAGGUAUUACCUUUGCUAACGAGCAGUGGCUCUCAUACACGGGCCAAAGCUUCGAAGAUUGUCUGGGCCUUGGAUUCAUGGACUAUGUCCACCCAGACGAUCUGGCAAAGUGCCGCAUCCCAACUGGCCGCCGAUCAUCAAGGACGGCAAACAAUGGUGGCGGUAGCCAUUUAAACCCAGAAAGGAAAACUGCCACCUUCUCCAAUCAGAAGCUGCCAAAGUUUGACCUCCCUGGAACGGACCUCGCUAUAUUGGCCAAGAAAGGCAUCGUGAGGAUCAGCAAAGACAGCAAUGGCCGAUUCUCGUACACAAGUGAGGUGCGGCUUCGUGCCAAAUCUGGCGAAUACAGAUGGCAUCUAAUUCGAUGCGUCGAGAUUGACGGUAUUGAUUUUGGACGCGGCGCAAGCUCUUAUUUUGGCUCUGCUACGGAUAUCAAUGAUCUCAAGCUAAUGGAAUCAAAAUUGAAGGAGGCAAUGGAGUCGAAAGGACGUUUCUUGAGCAAUAUGUCCCACGAAAUCAGAACGCCUCUUAUUGGCAUUUCGGGAAUGGUCAGCUUCCUGCAAGAAACUGUGCUCGACGAAGAGCAACGAGACUAUGCCAAUACUAUUCAAACGAGCGCGAACAGCUUGAUCAUGAUUAUCAACGAUAUCUUGGAUCUCUCCAAGGCGGAUGCUGGCAUGAUGAAGUUAAAAUAUGAGUGGUUCCACGCUCGUUCGUUAAUUGAAGAUGUUAACGAGCUUGUUUCGACCAUGUCGAUUGCCAAAGGCCUGGAGCUCAACUAUUUAGUAGAGGCUGAUGUCCCUGCCUGGGUCAAGGGUGACAAGGUUCGAAUCCGUCAAGUCUUGCUUAAUGUCAUCGGCAAUGCUAUCAAGUUUACCGAGGCAGGAGAAGUGUUUAGCCACUGCAAAGUUGUUGCAAACCCACACAGCGAGGCUGACACACAUUCAAUUAUGCUUGAAUUCUCAAUUACCGAUACGGGUCGUGGCUUUUCACAAAAGGAAGCUGAGCUGAUUUUUAAACCGUUUAGUCAAAUUGACGGCAGCAGCACCCGACAGCAUGGCGGAAGCGGCCUCGGUCUUGUAAUCUCCAGGCAACUUGUUGAAUUGCACGGCGGAACAAUGACUGGUACGGCGGUUCUUGGUAAAGGUUCUACUUUUACUUUUACGGCGUUGUUUGCUAUACCUACACCAGCCGAUCAGCCAAAUCUACCACAGAGUCCUAGCUCCACGGUUUCUGUCCUAUCCCGUCAAGAGUCGUCAGAUGGUAUCCGUCUUUCGCCUCAAUUGAACGCCGGAAAGCGGGUAUCUGACGCAAUCAGCCCAGGGGAUACACAAACACCAACUUUCCCGCCCUCAAGCUCUCCACGAGCAGCAGCAAUGAAGGCUUCGGCUAUCGCACAGCGACCACUAUUGACCGGACCGAAAGCAUCUGUAAAUGGAGUGAAGAGUGGUCUCACACAGUUCAGUGAGGCAGCAAAAGCAAGUGGUCAAGACUUGAGCCAAAUGAAACUGGAAAUGCCUCUUGCCAAGGACGGUUCCGGAAGAAAAUCGACACCGGAGCAGCCAUCGCAAUUUGUUCCUAGUGGCGUCCCUCCUGCCAUCUACUCUAUCCUGAUCGUCUGUCCGCAACGUCACAGUCGAGAUGCAACGGUUCAGCAUAUCGAGAUGACUUUGUCAAAGGACAUUCCUCAUCAAAUAACAGCCAUUGGAACCAUUGAAGAAGCACACGAUCUCAUCGGAGGCGACGACCCAGUUUCCUUUUCCCAUAUUGUUAUCAAUCUGGGAUCUGCAGAGGCUAUUAUCAGUCUUAUGGACGAAAUCACUCAACACCAACGCAUGGACAAGACCAUUAUACUCAUCCUCUCCGAUUCCGUACAACGACAAGCUGUUCUCAAGGUUGCUUCUGGCACCAAAUAUGAACGUUUACUGUCGGACAACGCCGUGACGUUCAUUUAUAAGCCUGUCAAGCCGUCACGUUUUGCGGUAAUCUUUGAUCCAGAUCGAGUUCGCGACCUCAGCACCGAUCUUAACAGAUCAAGCGCCCAGCAGAUGCUCGAGAAUCAGAAGGCGAGCUCACAAGAGCUCUUACGACGCAUGGGCAACCGCGGCCUGCGAGUCCUUGUUGUUGAAGACAACAAGAUCAACCAAAAGGUCUUGACCAAAUAUCUGGAAAAGAUUGGCGUAGACGUCGACAUUGCAGAGGAUGGUAUCGAAUGCAUUGAAACGAUGCUGUCAAAGCCACACGAGUACUACUCUCUAAUCUUGUGCGAUAUUCAAAUGCCCAGAAAAGACGGCUUUGAGACGUGUCGAGAUAUCCGCGACUGGGAACGCGCUUCCGGCCUCCCUCGCAUCCCCAUUAUUGCUCUGUCUGCCAAUGUCAUGACUGUGAUGCAAGACAAAUGCGUUGCUGUUGGAUUCAAUGACUACGUUACCAAGCCAGUGGACUUUAUCAGCCUUAGUAAGGCAAUGGCGCAGUACUUCUAGUCAUCUUUCAACGCAUCUACAACUACCAACAACCCCUGAUCAGACUUGUUCUCUUUGUUUUUUCUGUUUCUCUCUCUUUGUUACUUUUAGAUUUCAUUUCAUCGUUGCGGCAUUAGAUGCUAGGGAAGUGCUCCCUGUAUCUGUCUGGUUUUGCAGGGUUUCAUUCAUUUUUUCAAUUGUCUUGAUUUUCAUUGUGUCGGUGUCUGCCACCGAUGAUUUAUGUAUCAAUGGAUAGGAUUUUAGAUUUAUACAAUAUUCACGCUAUUUCAUGGCGCAUACGCUAUUUCCAGAGUACUCCCAAAUUGUUAACGCCGCUGUUGUCGUGCCAUAUCUCUUCGCCAUGGUGUAGCUUUAAUACACGCUCCCUUGAACACUCUUAUCCUCUGCUUCGGCUGCAUCGAAAUCUUCCUGGCUCAUCUCUGUUACGUCCUUAGCCUUUUCCCGAGAGUCUUUGCUCUGCUUAGCCGCGACGGAAGACGGUGUCGGAUCGGCGUCGUCCAUGCCAGAGUCACUAAACGGCGGUGCAUCGCCGAGACGAUUGACAAACGGACCUGGAUUAGCAGGCGGUAUACUAGCAUUGCUGGCGUUACUAUCGAUGCUGUAGUUUCGCGCAUGCGGUCUGUCAUCGGCAAGCCGAAGGCGGCUCUUGAGCGCUGCCAUAGGGGCGUGGCGUCGGCGGUCGUCCUCAGAUGCGUCUGUAUCAGAGCCUGCAGUUGAGGCAUGGCCUGAAUAAGUUCCGCCAAAGUCUCGGCCAACAUGAAGGUGGGGACUGUUCUUCCUGAGAUACGCUGCUGUCGCGUCAUUUGCCGUAAUAAACUGUUCUACUUCUGUAGUUGGGGUGACUGCGACUCCAGGCGUCUCGAGAUCCUUGGAAGGCAAAACAAUAUGUCGUGGCUUGCCGAGCUUGGCUCCAUCUUCUUCAUCGUCAUCACCAUCUGCACCCUCUUCGUCAGAGCUAAGCAUCAUCUUUGGACGGUGCUUUCUCAUAAUGGGGGAUGUGCUGCGGCUGGCUAUCGAGGCUGCCGCUUCGCGUUCAAUUUCACGCUCACGCAGAGCCUCAAGAUCAUGACGCUUCUUGUAAUGACUAGAGUGGUUGCAGCCGUUGGGGCAGCCACCCCAUUUACGAUGUGAGAUAAAGGUCUUGUUGCGUGCGAGCUUAACUUCGUCCUUUAUUUCGGCGUCAUCGGCGUUCUUAUCUUUGCUGACUUCGGCACGUUCUUGUCGAAGUUCUGACCAGGUUCGUAAUUUGGUUUCAAGAUGGUACUUGCCGUUGUCUUGUAGUCGCAUUAUGAGGAAUUCGCAGUGGUCUACAUUACGCAGGUCUUCGAAGUACUCGACAGUGAAGUGGUACCAUUUCAUGAGGAAGACGCGAGACAUGAGGCCAUGUGUGACUGUAGCAGAUGGUAGUUAGUGAAUGUAGUUGGACAUUGCAAUUGAAACCUGUGAUACACACCCAAAACACAAACACUUGGGAAGGUGUCUUCGCCAAACUGUCUCCAGAGACUUUCGUUGAAGCCGCUGACACGAUCGUAUGCAUCUGCAGCGCUCUCACCGUUGGGGAUACGGUAAAAGAAAUGGCCGUAGUCGGCUCUCUCCUGCCACAUGCGUUCCAUCUCUGCACUGCAUGGUUGGAAGUUUCCAAAAUCUUGCUCUCGAAGCCUAGGCUCUUCGUAGACUGUGAUGUUAGAUCGGCGGAAGGGCGAUGGUUCGGGGUCGUCAGAUGUCAGAGUGGACAGGAUGCCCUCGGUUGUCUCUCUUGUCCUUCUAUACGGCGAGGUGAAUAUUUGUAUCGUAUCGUCUGGUUGAAGGAGCUUUCGCAGUCGGUGUCCCGCUUCUCGGGCCUGGAGUUGGCCUUCUGGUGUCAACUUGACUCGAUGGUCUGGUGUCGUCUGGUGAAUCUCGCGGUUUUCUAAGGGAAAGGUUGUCCGUUAGGGGCUAUCUUUGGUAGCAAAUAGAGUCGACAUUUGCUUCAACAUACUGUUUCCCUCAGACUGAGCAUGCCGAACUAAGAUAAUUAAACGUGGUCUGCCCAUGACGAGCUGUGGAAUUUGCCGUUGGAUGUCAGAUCCGAUAUCGCCCGAAAGUGAAGAUGUCGUAAAAGAAAGAAGAAGAGCCGCUGCUAGUAUUGCUAAAUGGGUUUAAAAAAUGAAUGUAGCUGCUAUUUCCAAUGGCCGUAGGAUGCGUGUGGUGAAUGUGUGACUGGCAGAAAAGACAAGAAGAAAAAUGUGAGUCGGAAAGUCGGUUGGGUCCAAAGUGGCAAGCUCCCAAAAGCGGCCAUGGCUGAGAAAUCGCGGGGUGCUAUUGGUGUGGCGGUUUCGGGUGCUUUGGGCAGCGUUUUAC